AGAAAUAAGAAUAAUGAAUUACCCCGAGAGAGAGAGAGAGGGGGGGGGGGGGGAGAGGAUAUAAUGACGGGGGACAGAGUUGCCAUCACCAAAAAAAGGAAGCGAUAAUACGCAGCGCAUCGCGAGGCCGAAAAUGGAGAAGUAUUUGGGGAAUGCUUACCGCGGCGACCCCGGCGUCCCGCAUGCCGAUGCCGACCGAUUCGUCAACAUCUGGAUUGGAUCCUUCGCUUUCUCUGCUAUCACUUGGUUCAAUCCCUACAUCUGGCAACUCUCUAGCCAGUUCAAUUGGCAUGACAAGGCGAUGCUGUUUGAGCAAUACCACUGGAAGAAAGCACUGCAGAAAAAGCAGCCAUAUAAAUUCAAGUGGAAUCAAAUGGACAGGGAGGUCCGAGAGUCGUACUAUUUCAACUGGCCUAUCUACUUUCCGUAAUACUUUUCUCCUGUUGUCAUGCUCUGUUGUUCUGUUAUGAAAUUUGAGAACAAUGGUGCUAUAGUGGCCUGAAGCUUGAAGACCGCAUCCUCUUUUUCUCUCUCUCAACCCUAGUUAUGCUCUGUUUAUUCUAUUAUGAACUUUUCAGAAACAAUGAUGCUCUGGUGUCCUGAAGCUGGAAGAUUAUCUCUCUCUCUCUCUCUCAUUAAUAUUUUAAUUAAUACAGCAUUUUUUGUGUGCA